CGGUGCCGCCAUGGCGGGGCGGCUGCGAGGGGUCGUGGCUUUGGUCACAGGCGGUGGCAGUGGCAUCGGCCGCGCCGUGUGCUCCCGGCUGUGCCGCGAUGGCGCCCGCGUGGCGGUGGCCGACAGGGACACGGCGGGGGCAGAGGACACCUUGGGGACACUUUGGGGACACGAAGGCCACCAACAACCCUCGUCCGUUGUCCCCUCCCUCAACGCCGCCUUCGACGUCGAUGUGGCCUCGGCCACCAGUGUCACCCGCCUGCUGCGCCGCGUCCAGGAGCAUUUCGGGUCCCCCCCCAGGGUGGCAGUUUGCUGCGCGGGGGUGACGAGGGACGACUUUCUGCUCCGCAUGGACGAGGGGACAUUCCAGGAGGUGCUGGCGGUCAACCUGCAGGGGACAUUCCUGGUGACACAGGCGGUGGCCCGAGCGCUGGUGGCCGCGGGGACCGGAGGCUCCAUCGUCCACGUGGGCAGUAUCGUCGCUAAGGUGGGGAAUGUGGGUCAGACCAACUACGCGGCCUCCAAAGCCGGUGUCGAGGGGCUGACGCGGAGCUGCGCCAAAGAGCUCUCCCGGUUCGGGAUCCGGUGCAACGCGGUGCUGCCGGGGUUCAUCGUCACCCCCAUGAGCCAGAAGGUGCCCCCCAAAGUCUUGGCUAAGUUUGCAGGGCUGGUGCCAAUGGGGCGCCUCGGGGACCCCGAGGAGGUGGCCGAUGUCUGCGCCUUUCUGGCCUCGGGGGACAGUGCCUACAUCACCGGUGCCAGCGUGGAGGUGACAGGGGGUCUCUUCAUGUGACGGAUCUGUCCCUGUGUCCCCACCCCCGUGUCCGUCCCCCUCAAAAUAAACGAGGGGACACCCCCCCCCCCAAAA